AUGUCUGAAUCUCUGCCGCCUGAUGGCGGUGGUGCUCUGUUUGCUGUGAAAGGCGAAGACCAAGCAAGUGUCAGAGUCGCAAUUGAGGGCUGUGCCCAUGGAACAUUGCAUGCGAUAUACGCGUCGGUCGAGGAGGCAUGUCGUGUCAAAGGCUGGGAUGGAAUAGAUCUUUUGAUCAUCGGUGGUGACUUUCAGGCAGUCAGAAACCAGCACGACCUCAAUGUCACCUCGAUGCCACAGAAGUACCGGCGCAUGGCAGAUUUCCAUGAGUACUACAGCGGCGCCAGAACCGCACCAUACCCAACCAUCUUCAUCGGCGGCAACCAUGAGGCCAGCAAUCAUCUCUUUGAACUCUACUACGGCGGAUGGGUGGCUCCCAACAUCUACUACCUUGGCGCAGCGAACGUCAUCCGAUUUGGUCCUCUGCGCAUUGCUGGGUUGAGCGGGAUCUGGAAAGGCUACGAUUACCCCAAACCUCAUUUCGAGCGACUCCCGUACAACCGAGAGGAAACCUCCAGUAUCUACCAUGUGCGGGAACUCGAUGUCAGAAAGUUGUUGUCUCUACGUUCGCAGGUCGAUAUUGGUCUCUCGCAUGACUGGCCGCAACGGGUCGAGAUGCAUGGUGACUACCAAUGGCUUUUCAAGACCAAGAAAGGCUUCGGAGUCGAUUCGGAAUCCGGCAAGCUGGGCAAUCCGGCCGCGCGGGAGUGUCUGGAUCGCUUGAGACCUCCAUAUUGGUUCUCUGCACAUUUGCACACAAGAUUCGCUGCCGUUGUUCAGCAUGACAAGAGCGAUGUCGCGUCACCGCUGAAGUCGGCAUCCAGCUCCCUCGCGCAGAAUUCACCGGAUCAACACCAUGCGAAGAAGUUCAAGGGUCCGCACAUGUCGCCUCCGUCCUCGUCGCUGGCAAGCGCAUUUGGCCGUCCCCAGCAUGCCCUCCAUAGACCUGAAGCCCAACGAGUCUCGGCCUGGCAGCAAUUCCAUGCAAAUGCCCAGCGCGAUGAAGCAGCAGAUAGAGAGAAGAUUUUGCAGGAGAGAGAAGCACGCAGACUGGAAGAGGAAAGAACUGGCGUCCGAGCCGUCGCCCAGUAUUCAUUUGAUGAGACUUUCAGACAGGUCGGAAGCGGAUCAGGGUUAGAUCGUCGGAUCGUCGCGACAACCCAGAGCCAGAUCAAGUCUGGAGACAACGAUGAUGCCAUCCCGAAUCUUGACGGCUGUUUCCAGUCACGACCGGUCAAGCGACAGCGCGUUGCUUCUGACUCUCAUUCUGCUGAUCCAAGUCAGCCCGCCUCUGUCGUUGGACCUGUCUACUCUCGAGGAGAUCAGCUCGACGGCGCAGAAGCCAGUCUCCCAGCGGCACCGGACGUUGUCGUCGACAAUCCCGACGCGAUUGAUAUCGAGAUGAGCGACGAGGACGAUGUACCCGUGGCAAAUGGUAGAACCAGCACCACGACUCUCCAAGUAACACCUGUCCCGGUUCCUCAAGGCGGACCUGCUCAACAGGGCACUGACAGAAAUGGACUAUUCUCAGUCGCCACCUCAGAAGGAAGUGAAGACGGCGGCGUCAAGCUCAAUGCGCCUGCUACGUCUCUCCGUCAUGACCCAGGCAUGGUUCCUCUCCCCAAACCACGACGACAACAACCCGAACCCGAACCCGAACCCGCACCCGAACCUUCUCACUCUCCAACCCCGGUGCUGCCAGAGUCAGCUCAGGCUACCUCUACAGAGAAACGCACGUCCACAGAAUCAAACUUGAAUCCUUUCGCAGCCAGUUUUGAACCACCAGCAGCUCCGACCCCUUCACGAGGCGAUAUUGAUAUGACGGACAUCUCGCCCUAUCCUAUCGUCACAGCCGUUCCGAACCCGGCACCUAGCACUAAUGGCAGUCAGGUCUCCGAAGAAAUGAGAGCGCAGCUCGCAGCCCUGUCCAACACCUUCACCAAGAAAGCGAAAGAACAGAUCCAAGUCUCUCCGAGUCUCCCCUUCCCGGAGGAGAUCAGUAACAAGACGACCGAGUUUCUCGCGCUGGGGAAAUGCGAACCCUACCAGGAAUUCCUGCAACUCAUGGAAAUCCGAUCCAUCUCUUCGCCCACCAUCCGUCGCUCUUCAUCUGAUAUCGAAAGCGAGAACAAGGAGAAAGAGAAAGAAAAGGAGAAUGACAAAGAUAUCCCCACCCGUCCCUUCAAAUUCACCUACGAUCCAGAAUGGCUAGCCAUUCAACGUGUCUUCGCAUCCGAAUUGACUCUCGGCGGUCUUCCGUCCGACAGAGUGCCCCCUCACCGCGGCGACACCUACUACCGCGACCAGAUUGUCAAAGAGCAGGCCUGGAUUCUCGAGCAUGUCGUCGACCCCGGCCAAUUGCAAGUUCCCGACAACUUCACCAUCACGGCGCCCGUGUAUGAUCCGAACCUCAAGGUCGAUCCCGCGGCCAUGCCGAGAGAAGUCACCAAUCCGCAGACAAGCGCUUACUGCGCGUUGAUUGGCAUCGAGAAUAAGUUUGAUAUUAGUGAAGAGGAGCGCGAUGCCAGAGUCAAGCAGGGCCCGAGACCCGAUCGGCCCGAGUAUCUGGCUUAUGAGAGUCGCUUCUCCCGUAGGGGUGGUGGUGGUGGAGGCGGUAGAGGCCGCGGAGGUGGCAGAGGAGGCGGUGGUGGCGGAAACUAUGGACAUGGUGGUCGAGGUGGUGGCGGUGGGAAUCGAGGACGAGGCCGUGGAGGACGUUGA